AGUCGAGAUUCGGGCGAAGAAGACGGUAGAAAGCAGGAAGCAGUUUUAAUGGAUAAAGAAAUAGAUACGUCGCGAUUGACAAAUUCUUCGUAAUUGUCAAGUGAUGUAAAAUAAUUGUGUGGGUAAACAAAAUGUUCAGAAGUGCGAAACGAAGUGGCUUUUUGCGUGUCGACGGAGAAUUCGUUCAAUUACGCAUUUGAAAAAGUCGAGUCCGCGACCGUCGAGUCGCUGCGAGUUCGAGUUCAAGAUCAGACCGUGCUUAAUCAAUAAAUAAGAAUCUCGUUAAUUGGUUGAGAUCCCGGUGCUGAUUCACGGGGGACACGUCGCAGAGUGUGUCCUGCCUAGCGACAAGGAUACUGCAAAUUGUGACGAGUUCGCGGCGUGUCAGUGCGGCUCGGCUCUAGUGAAGUGCACUCCCGCCCGCCCGCCAAUCGGACGUUUCGAGUGUUGGAUCGAUGGUCAGUUGGAGUGUUAUUUACUCAGAUAGUGCAUUAGUUUCGGUCAAGGAUGCGUGCCACCGCCUGCAGAGUUUGUCUGUAACCAUGUGACCGACUGCGGGAUGAGCAAAGAGGAACGUACCAGUCCAAUUUCGCGGAAAUCACCCGGUUCGAGCAGCCGAAAGCCAAGGUCUCGGGCCCAUUGAAUUUUGGAAUUCAACCGAUUUUAAUGUCAAGAGACUGUAACGAUAUCGGCAUUAGCAUUCGCAUUCACUGGCAUCUGAUAAAAGGCUGGGCAAACAGUAGUCCGUUCUCGCGAAGUGUAAUCGUUGGCAUGGAACAAUGGAUAACGAACAGCCGCACCAAGAAUUGGUGAAGUGUGUGUUAGUCGGUGAUACUGCCGUAGGAAAAACAAGAUUAAUUUGUGCCCGAGCUUGUAACAAACAUGUCUCAUUAUCACAAUUGCUGUCCACACAUGUCCCAACUGUCUGGGCAAUCGAUCAGUAUCGCAUAUACAAAGAUGUACUUGAAAGAUCGUGGGAAGUUGUUGAUGGCGUUAAUGUGUCGCUUCGGUUGUGGGACACAUUCGGUGACCAUGAUAAAGACAGAAGAUUUGCUUAUGGCAGAUCUGAUGUAGUCUUAUUGUGCUUCUCAAUUGCUAGUCCAAUAUCUUUACGCAAUUGCAAGGCUAUGUGGUUCCCUGAAAUUCGAAGAUUCUGUCCAGAUACUCCAGUAAUACUCGUAGGCUGUAAGAAUGAUUUGCGAUAUAUGUAUAGAGAUGAGACAUAUCUGUCGUAUUUUGGUGACCGCAGUCCUUUUGUUAGAGCUGCAAUUAAGAGCGAUUUGGUGAUGCCAGAUGAAGCUAGAGCCGUAGCUAAGGAGCUCGGUGUAGCGUAUUAUGAGACCAGUGUGUUUACGUAUUUUGGAGUGAACGAAGUUUUCGAGAAUGCUAUUCGAGCAGCUUUGAUUGCAAGACGACAACAACGGUUUUGGAUCACUAAUUUAAAGAAAGUUCAAAGACCAUUAUUGCAGGCUCCGUUCCGACCUCCAAAGCCACCACCACCAGAAGUGGCAGUCGUGACAGGAACUUAUCAGAAAGACAUGUUCAAUAUGUUGCUUACCCAGUGCUAUACAGAUUUAAUUUUAAUUGUUGGAUCUGCGAAAUUUGCUGUGCACAAAUUCAUGUUAGCUGCAGGUUCAAAUCCUUUUUAUCGUUUGUUAACAACCGAAUUGUCAGAUAUGGGCGGUCGAAGCAGUAGCGAGUCAAGUAUGGUAAGUUCAACUUUUGGAGAGGCAACUGCAGCUGACUUUAACGAUGACACAGAAUAUUUAAUUCGGAACGAAACAAAAUCUUCACGAAUGUGGGAACAUUUGAAAAGAAGGUCGAGCUACCAAGCUCUGCCAUUAAUAGAAACUAAGAAACCAACAGAUUUUUAUAAAGAUCUUCACCAUCCAAUUUUCCAAAAUAUUCGAAUAACACAGGUUGAUACCGGUCGUGGUCUCAGUUUCACACAAACAAUUGUCACACUAACAAAACUAAUUACGGCGCAAGCGAUGAAUCAAUGUUUAAAGUUCAUUUAUACCGGAACAAUUGAAAGGGAAUUCCAAAACUUGCAGACAGCCCCUAUCGGAUUGCUAUUGGAGAUAAAACAGGCUGCAGAAUUUCUGGAGCUGCCACAAUUGAUAUUGCUUCUGUCUCAACCGCAAAGUAGUAUAACGACAAAUUCCGAAGAACCUGCUCAACACUAUUCAACGGUAUUGCAUCCGAGAUUAUACUUUGUACGACAAAAUCUAGAAAAGUAUUGCAUAGACAAUGGACUUUUUGGUGACGUAGCAUUUGAACUAGAUGAUGGUCACAUGAAGUCCCAUCGGUCAGUAUUAAUAGCGAGAUGUGAUGUAAUGCGAGCGAUGCUCAAUGGUGACUUCCGGGAGGCACAUUCUAGUCUGAUUGUAUUUCCAGGUGUAACUGUUUACACAUUCCACAAACUUCUGUGUUACUUAUACACAGAUGAGAUUCCGCCAAUCUCAGCCGAUAAAUGUCUGAAUUUAUUAGAGUUAGCAAAUAGAUUAUGUUUACCUAGAUUAUUGAAUCUUGUAGAGUGUCGUGUAAUAGAAGACUUAACAAGAAUCUCACAAAAUGAAACGAACGAAACUGUUGACCACUGCUUGAAGUUAUUAGAGCCAGUAAAAUUACACAAUGCUCAUCAGCUGGCUGAAUGGUGCAUGUCGUAUUUAUGUGUAAAUUACAACGUUAUUUGCAAGUUCUCGUUGAAAGGGUUGAAAUCCCUACAUCAGGAGAAUCAGGAAUACUUGAGGGAGCAUCGAUGGCCACCAGUAUGGUAUCUGAAGGACUAUGAUUACUAUCAACGGUGCAUGAACGAAAUGAAUAAGCAGCUGAAGGAUGGAAAACGAGAAUCGCCGAGUGAUGAUGAGGGUUGCUUAUGCUUCUCGGGAGUAUUUUCUUGGAUGCUAGGUAAAACGCGACGGAUUCAAUCGGCAGCGAACGGGAGCAGAAGCGGUGAACUGGAUCAUAGCACCCCCGAUACGCAAAUGUUCAAUAGCAAUGCAAAUUCUAUCAAUCACAUUGAUAUGGAACAAGAGGUGGAUUUGAAUCUCUGACAUCCGGUUAUCGGGCAUAGAAGAUCAUUCCGAUUUGUGGUGAUUUUGCCCGUGCUUAUAUGCUUCAUUUGUACAAUUUUGAGUAUAUUAAUUUUGUUUCAAAUCUACACAUAACAUCACAUUGAAAUCUACAAAUGUUAUUGAUUUUAAACAUGUAGUUGGUGUGUUGUCGCAGAACGCGAAGAAUUCUGACCGAACAAGACUCGAAACUUGAUAAAUGUCGAUUCAAUAAUUUCCUCAAAGUGACUGUAGAGUUAACUCGAUGUAGAUUGUGAGAUAAGGAAUCUUUUUCGUUACAAAUAUCUUUUGUUGUUUUAUGUUCUGUGUAACGAUAAUUAGAUUUAUACUUUUAUAUUCGUUUGCAAUAAGUUGUACGGUAUUGUAAGGGUAUUGCACAAUGCAGAACUUUUAGUUAAUAUUGGGAAAACCAUGAUUCGUUUCUCGUAUAAAGUAUUCACAAUUCAAUGGAAUGUCUAUUGUUUGGAAAGGGGCAUGAUGUUGAUGAAUAUGUUUAAAUUUGCUCAAUUCUCUUUUUCUCCAAUCUAUAAGAAAGAAAAGUAGAAAUUAACUAAGAAGCUUCCACCUCUGUACUGAACAUUCCAACUUCCGUAAUAGUUUCGAAGAUUGGUUUUUGAAGAUGAAAACCCGUACUAAAGAUGCAAUCAACUAUUUGUUGCUUUUCACUUUCUCUUCCUGUAAAGUUGAUCAUAUUCAUCAACAUCCCAGAUAGCGGCAUGAUAAAUCCAGUGUAAUCGGUUUGAUAUAGAAGACGAAGCGUAUAUUAUAUGCCUUAGUGUAAUCAUCAUCUUAUAUGUGUAACAGUUACUGUAAAACGAUAUAGAUCGAUUUUUGUACUUCUAAAAAGACAACAAUCCAAUCAAUUAAUAAAUGAUAAAAGUAUAAUGAAAAUAUUUACUCAAUAAAAGGGAUUGCAACUGACAACGUCCCAGACAAUCUGUCUACAGUGUGUACAAUUACCAUAAAACGUUCGUCGUGUACAUUAAUCGUAUAAAGAAACUGCCUCUUUUAAUUCUUAAUGACAAGAAGCAUUACCAUUAAGGGAAACCCACAAACAGGUGAACAUCAGUCAAUAUUCGAUGGUGUAAGUUUCGGACAUGGUGUCCGUGUCAUAGUGAUAUUCAAUUCCAAUUAUCCUUUACACUAGCUUGAAGCAAUAAUAAGAAACGUGUAGACGCUAUCUACUUUAAGUAUUUUAAAAUACAAAGCUUAGCUAGAGAAGAGUGCUGUGCAGCAGCGGCGGUAUUGAGAUUUACACCGGUCACGCUAAAUUUUAAUUUUCCAAAAAGAUAUGAUGAAUACCAGUGAAAUUACUCAUUGUGAAGAUCGAGAGAUAGAUUUAAUACACUGUGAUAUAAUUGCAAUUUGUUUUUGUUACGAUUCCAUCUGCUCCUUUGUUUAAAUAGCAAUUCGAAUAUUACGCCUAUGUAACAGGAUUCGCAAACUAUAAUAAAAGCUUAAUAAAAGUAUUUCAUAAGCAGAAAA